GCAACCCCCGAGUCAUAAGCUCGGGUGCACAGGAGGCGACGCCGUAAACCGCAAGCAAAAGAGCCAGCAAGCGCAAACGCGCGGCGAAACCGUCAAGAACCGCGGCUCCACAGGACCAGGGUCGCCCUCGCUCCCACGACGCCAUGCAUCGCGGCCACCACGCUCGCGCCGCACUCCUGCUCGCCGUCGCCGCCCUGGCGCCUUCGCUGUGCCUGGGCGACGAGGCCGUCUGCAAGGACACGAGCGGCACCUACGAGACGUCGUACACGUGCGAGGGCUUCGCGGAAGCGCGGGACUUCGGUCGCCACCUGGACCGCGGCCGCGUCCCCCGCUCGUCGCGGGGACUCAGUUUCAUCCUGCGCGAUUCGCGUCCGCGCGACUUCCCCGCCGGCUGGCUGGAGGGCGUGAACGCCACUCUGCUCGAGUUUCAGAACGUCUCGCUCGCGUCGCCGGAGUCGUACGACGCGGUGCUGUCCGGGCUCGCCGGAGACGCGCCAGCGUCCUCCGUGGAGCGCCUGGUCUUCAGCUACGACAGCACGCUUCCAGCCAGCUGGGAGACCCUGCGCAAGCUGCCGCGCCUUAAGACUCUCGGGCUGGUCAAGAUGAGCGGCCUGAGGCUGGGCCGCGACUUUGGCCUCCUGCCGCGCACCGUGCGGGGCGUCAGCGUGCUCCACUCGAGCGUGGAUAGCGUCGAGGAGGGCUGGCUCGCCGAGCUGCCCGACCUCGAGUACGUGGUCAUCCGAGACUCGAAGCUCGCCCUCUUCUCCCGGAGCAUGCUGCCCACGCCCGCGCUCAAGCUGCGGAGCAUCGACCUCGACUACAACGAGUUGAGCGUCAUUCCGGAUGGAUUCGGCGAUGGCUUUCCGGCACUGGCGUUCCUUGACCUGGAGGGAAACAAAAUCACCACCAUCGAGGAGCAGGAACUUGCCGGUGUGCUCAGUGACACCGGGACUGUUGUCCUGCUUGGAAACAACCGCCUCCACUGCGACUGCAAGCUGGUCCACCUUCGGCGCCAUUCGGACCGGCGGCUGCGCGCCCGCUGCCACUCUCCGGACAAACUGCGAGGACGCAGCGUGCAGAGCCUCACGGACGCCGAGCUUGGUUGCCCGAAGCUCUAACGCGGGCAACGCGAGCACGCGUCGCACUCGAUGUAUUGUCUGUUGCACUUCUUCCACACCAUCUCUCUGAAAGUAAAUGUUCUCUGCCUGCUUGAUCCAA